AUGAACAUUUGGAAUUCAGAACUUGAAACCAGUAUCCGUACGUAUUCCAAGAACCCUCGCAAUCUGGGUGCGCCACAAAACGUCUUCCACUACCACAUUCAUCUCUCUACAGUCAAAGCAAAGCGUCGUGAAUCCCGACUGACCUGUGAAGACGAGGGUUACGUUGACCAAACAGUCAACAAAUUUCUAUACACCGUAACCCGAACACCAAGGCUGGCUGACUAUGUUUGGCACCUGAGGGUGAGUUGUUGGAAUGUAGAAAAUGCCGAAAAUGAAAACUAUGACCAGAAGGUUGAAUUUGAUGGUGAUCUUGUACGUGGAUUAGUCGGUACAAGAAGCGGAUAUUCCGAAGAAGAAAAGUCAACAUGGCUGAACGAUCUCGAACGGGAUAACAGUGAUGCGUGGUUAGCUUUGCUUCUUCCGCAAUUGAUAGAAUUGCGAAACCUCCACCUCGUCUGGCCAUAUGGCUCACAGUACGUCUUGGAAAUGCUGCAAAAGGCUGCUAUUGAGGAGGAAGCGGUCUUUCCUCAUCUCGAGGAGGCCUAUGCAGCUUCUGAAGCGUGA